AUGGAUAGCACCAUCCUCGAUCGACUCCUAGUGGAUUAUUUGGACCUUCUUGACCAGUAUCAGGUCCAGCGAAAAGCCCUUUCAGGUUUAUUUUCUUCAGGUCAUUUCUCUCUUGCCGAAGCCAACUUCAAGUCUCCGAGCAAAAUCCGUCAUGGACGGGACUACUACGAUGAGCGUAUGCAGGCGCUGAGAAAAAUACGGAUAGAAGAGGCCAAAUCUUCUGGUCACGCCAAUCGACCAUGCAUCCAGUUCUCGACUACGGGGCAGGCAGUACGAGCUGAGAAAAAGAUUAAGAAUGGCCUGAAGAAUGGCCAUGAAACACGAGAUACGCCCGAGGAUAAGCCUGCAGAACCACCUGAGCAGAGUAAAGACGAGUCCGAGACCGAACCUCCAUCACUCUCCUCUCUAUCCCUCCAAGACAAAUCCAACGACACGGAUCCCGCGAAGCUGAUUAUCGACCCUCUUCACUGGUACGGUAUCUUGGUUCCACCAGCAUUACGCAGCGCACAAGUGGAUUUUGUCAAGGCCGUGGAAGAACCCAUUCCCGCAAUCGUGAACAUUGCUACCCAGAUGCGCGAACUAGAGAUCGAGAUCGGUAGAGCGAGGAAGCGGUUGAGGAAGGCCGAGGCGGCAGGUCCUCAACAGAAGCCAGGCAAUGGGGAGGCGACUAAUGUAACGGAAAGUGUUGGCAUCGCAGAAAAGGCAGAUCAAGAGCUUGUGGGCGAAGAGGGGAAAUCUCUCUGGCAAAAGUCUUCAAAAGAGCAAGUCGGCUCCGGUUAAGCUAGCUAGUCAGAGCAACAUUUCCAAGAUGCCGUUGUGAAGAUUACCAGCGUUAAAGACAGAUUGCUCCAACAUCUCUCCGAUUACU